CACCACCACCACCAACAACAACAACAAUAGCAACAAUAAGAAACAAAUCGAAUCGGUGCGGUGCGGUUUUGACAAUAUGUUGAGCCCACCAUAAUGAAGGAAAUUGAUACCGAGACAACAGUAGUAUGGCCAGCCUGGUGUUAUUCCGGUAACACGCCCACCGACAUACUGCAACAGAAGCCAGCGAAGGCGACAACGGCAACACCAACUAAACACCACAACGAGGAGCAGGCGCAACUAUUUAAUUCAUUGCCCGCGGCGGCGGCCACCAAGCGCAAACAUCUCGAGCGCCUCGCCAGCGAUUUGCGACAGCACCAGCAGCAGCAGCAGCAGCAGCAGCAACAGUUGCUCAACGCCGGCAACAAUACUGCAAAAAUGCUCAGCGAGCGUUCGCUGCUGCUAAGCGGCUACGGGGUCAUCGAUAGCGCCAAGAAGCUGUGCGAGGCAAGCAGCCCAACAGCAGCAACAACAACUGCCACAGCAGCAGCAGCAGCAGCAGCAGCAACGCCAGCAACAGCAGCCACCAACGCCUCCGUCUCCCCAUCCGCCUCACCCUAUUCGUCAGUACCAACGACAGCAGCAGCUGCAGCUGCAACAGCGGCAGCGGCGGCAACAAGUGCUGCUGCCGCCGCCUAUGCUGCAUUGUAUUUGGAGAAGGUGAAGCAUGAGAAGUUGUCGCCGUUGCAUAUGACGGGCGCACAGAUUGAUUCGCUCAAGGAUGCGCUCUUGGAGUCAACGGCCAUGGCCAAUAUGCACAACAACAACAACAACAAUGCAAUGCUCAGCAAUAACAACAAUAACAACAGCAAUAGCAGCAAUAAUAACAACAGCAAUCACAGUAGCAAUAGCAAUCAUCAUCAUCAUCAUCAUCAGCAGCAACAGUUGCUCAGCAUCAGCAGCAGCAGCGUGAAACGGGAGCGUCUUAGUCCCGCCAGCAACAACAGUAACAACAGCAGCAACAACAACAACAAUAACAGCAACAACAACAACAACGGCGAGCUGUCCGUCUCAGCGGCAUUUGCCAGAUCUCGCAGCGCCACGCCCUCAUCUGCAACAUAUCGCAGUGGCAGCGGCGGUGGCAUCUCACCCAAUCAACAACAGCAACAACAACAGUCGCCUCACCAACACCAGCAGCAACAACAACAACGUUUGAGCCCGCCCAGCAACCAAACGCACUCCCAAAUGCCCCUGCACAAUUUGUCCGCCAAUCUGUUGAACAGCAUUCAACAGGCGGCUGCAGCCAACAGCAGUCAGCGCAAUGCUAUCGGUGGCAACAGCAACAGCAGCAGCGGUGGUGGCGGCGGCGGCGGCAGCAGUGUGGCCAACAAUGUUGCCAGUGGCGUUGGCAGCGCUGUCACCAGCCCAGUUGGUGCGGCAAGCACAAGUGCCGCAACAGCAAAUGCCACAGAUUUCUCAACGCGCAACUAUUCGGAUAUUAUGCGCUGCCUCGCAGCCAAAUACAACAAUACCAAUCCCAAUGAUCAUCAUGCAACGCGUCGCAAUUCCUACUAUGACAGCAGCGGCAGCAGCAACGCUGGCUGCGGCGUCGGUGUCUCUGUCGGCGCGGCAACAACAGUCGGUGGCACGGAGCGCAGCGACAUCAAGUCAAGCAUUGCCAAGUGCAGCAGCAGCAGCAGCGGCAGCAGCUCAAACAAUGCCAGCGGCACAAGCAAAAAGCAUUCAUCGUCGGCGACGGCGAUCAGCCUGCGAGACGUCAAGGAGUCUGCGUUGACGGGCGGCAAUGUUGGUGUCGGUGUGGGUGUGGGCGUGGCCGGUGGUAUCACGUCAACGGUGGCAGGCAAUAGUCUGCCACCAGCUGCAGCGCAAUCACCCACGGAACAGGCCAAGAGCCAAAUGGCCGCUGUUGUGGCCGCCGCCAGUGUUUCGCCGUUUAUGAGCAACUUUUUGCCCUUCUCGGGUGGCAUUUUCCCAAUGAUGGACAUGAGCAGCACACAGGCCCUGCUAACGCUGGCGCGUGCUGCAAAAGAUGCUGAGAUUCAGCAGAUAUUGCGAGGCAAGCAGCUGCAGCAGCAGCGACAACAGUUCCAUCUCAAAGGUAGUAGCUCGACUGCCUCAUCGCCGAAUGCGAGCGCAUCGAGCACGCCGCGUCCCAGUUUAAAUGCCGCACUGCAGCAGGCGGCGCAAUUUGUUACACCCGCUUUAAUCUACUCGGCGCAACUGCAACAGCAGCAGCAGCAACAACAAUCGCAUCACGCCUCGCGUCAGUCUAGUCCACGUUGCAAUGCGGAGGCUGCUGCUGGUGGUGCUGCGGCGCCCAAUGCGACAACUGCGGCUUCGGCGGCGCCGCUCGACUUGAGCUCACAGCCACCAGCCGCCAAACGUUUUAAGGCUGAAUCAUCUACAACAACAGCAGCAGCAGCAACGGCAACAUUGGACUUGCUGGCGGCACGUCGUGCCAACUCAACAACAACAACAACAAUAGCAGCAGCAGCAGCAGCAGCAGGAACAACACAAACAACAACAACUAGCACACCAUCCCCGCCACUUUCAGAGCAGAAGCCAACACUGGAAACACUCGAGGGCCAAAACAACGCCAACGCAACAGCAGCAACAGCAACAUCAGCAACUGCAACAUCAGCAACAACAUCAGCAGCAACAGCAGCAACAUCGCCAGCGGGCACAGUGCGUCAGUGUCAGGCGCAAAGCGAAGAGGUUAACUCCUGGUCGGUGGACGAUGUCUGCAACUUUGUGGGUGGAAUUGAUAUAUGCGCCGAAUACGUUCAGCAUUUUCGUGAUCAGAGCAUUGAUGGCACGGGCUUGCCACUGCUAACCGAGGAUCAUUUGGUUAGCUCGCUGGGCAUGAAGCUGGGCCCGGCGCUCAAGUUGCGCUCCAUAUUGGCGAAGAAAUUGGGCGGGCCGUGUCCGUGUGUUGCGUGCGUUGCGCAGGCGCAACAAAUGCUGGCACUGCAAACGGCAGCAGCAGCAACAACAACAACAAACAGCACAACAGCAACAACAGCUAGUUUGUCCAACAGUAGCAGUAACAGCAGCAGCAACAGCAGCAGUGGCAGCAACACAGCAGAUAGCUGCAACAUGGGCAGUGAUGUUGCUGCAACAUUGUUGCGUUGCAGCUUUGAUGCUGCCGACACCAGCAACAGUUACAACAACAACAAGGAUACUGCCAGCUAG